AUGGUCACCGCUGAACAAAUUCAUGAUAAGUCUUUCCCAAUUAGAGAAAGAAUGGAAGCACUUGUCCGUUUGAAACAACAACAAAUCACCGAUGCUAUUGCCGAGUUAGAUACUGUUAAAUUUCACACCGAUACCUGGUUAAAAGGUGACAACGGUGGUGGUGGUCAAUCAAUGGUAUUACAGAAUGGUACUACAUUUGAAAAAGGUGGAGUAAAUAUCUCUAUUGUUCACGGGAAAUUACCACCGCAGGCAGUUGAAAGAAUGAGAGCUGAUCAUUCCAAUUUGAAGGGAUCAUCCAAAGAUGGUAGUGUCAACUUUUUCGCCUGUGGAUUAUCCUUGGUUAUUCAUCCAAUCAACCCUCAUGCUCCUACUACUCAUGCCAAUUAUAGAUAUUUUGAAACCAGUGAUCCUGAAACUAAUGAAACUCAAACAUGGUGGUUUGGUGGUGGUGCCGAUUUAACUCCAUCUUAUUUGUACGAAGAGGACGCCAAAUGGUUCCAUCAACAACAUAAAGAUGCGUUGGAUAAGUUCGAUCCAGAAUUGUACCCUAAAUAUAAAAAAUGGUGUGAUGAAUAUUUCUUUAUCAAACAUCGUGGUGAAUCUAGAGGUAUUGGUGGGAUCUUUUUUGAUGAUUUCGAUAGUAAGCCUGCUGAUGAAAUUUUGAAAAUUGUUGAAUCGUGUUUUGAUGCAUUUAUCCCGGCCUAUGCCCCAAUUGUUGCCAAAAGAAAAGACACACCUUACACCCCAGAACAGAGAAACUGGCAGCAAAUUAGAAGAGGAAGAUACGUUGAGUUUAAUUUGGUCUUGGACCGUGGUACUCAAUUUGGGUUACAAACUCCAGGGUCUCGAGUUGAAAGUAUUUUAAUGUCAUUACCUGCAACUGCAAGCUGGGUGUACGAUCAUCAUCCUGAACCAGGAUCCGAGGAAGACAAAUUGUUGCAAGUUUUAAAGAAUCCUAUUGAAUGGGUUUGA